CACUGGGCCACCGUUAGUUAUUCUCGCCUGCUUCUUUCCUUGUCUGGUUCUCUGUAGGUCAAGGCAGAGAGCGUACUAUACGUAGCAAAGGGCGGGAGUGCGUCGCGAUGGCCAGGACGACGACGCUACCAGGAGCAUGGAUGGUCGACGCAGCGGAGCAGCUCAUGGCGCCAUGGCAGCAGCUCCGCGGCCUGGUUAUCGUGCCUCUGCUGCGCGCGUCCGUGCUGAUCUGCCUCAUCAUGUCCGUCAUGAUUCUCGUCGAGAAGGUGUACAUGGCCGUGGUCAUCGUGGCGGUGCGGCUGGUCAGCCGCCGCCGGUACCGGUGGGAGCCCGUGCGCGACACCAGCGACGACCCCGAGCUUGGCGGCGCCGCCUGCCCCAUUGUGCUCGUGCAGAUCCCCAUGUACAACGAGAGCAAGGUGUACCAUCUAUCGAUCGGGGCCGUGUGCGGGCUGUCCUGGCCGUCGGAUAGACUCGUCAUCCAAGUGCUAGACGACUCCACGGACCCUGUCAUCAAGGAGCUGGUGCAGCAGGAGUGCCAGCGGUGGGCAAAGAAGGGCGUGAACAUCAAGUUCGAGCACCGACAAAACCGUCGUGGGUACAAGGCCGGUGCGCUCAAGGAAGGCAUGAAGCACGGCUAUGUCCGUGACUGCGAUUUCGUGGCAAUCUUCGAUGCCGACUUCCAACCAGGGCCGGACUUUCUGUGUCGUGCCAUUCCAUUCCUCAUCCACAACCCUAACAUUGCUCUCGUUCAGGCACGCUGGAAAUUCGUGAACGCAGAUGAAUGCUUGAUGACAAGAAUGCAGGAGAUGUCCUUGGACUAUCACUUUAAGGUGGAGCAAGAAGUGGGCUCCUCCACUUCUGCCUUCUUUGGAUUCAAUGGAACCGCCGGUGUGUGGCGCGUAUCUGCUUUGAACGAGGCAGGUGGCUGGAAGGACCGAACCACCGUUGAAGACAUGGAUCUGGCAGUCCGAGCAAGCCUCAAGGGAUGGAAGUUUUUGUACAUUGGUGAUCUCAUGGUAAAAAAUGAGCUGCCAAGUACGUUCAAAGCAUUUCGGUAUCAGCAACACAGAUGGUCAUGCGGGCCCGCUAAUCUGUUCCGGAAGAUGUUAAUGGAUAUUGUCAGCAAUAAGAAAGUGGCCCUUUGGAAAAAAAUCCAUGUCAUCUACAACUUCUUCUUGAUUCGAAAGAUAUGCUCGCACAUUUUGACAUUUGUGUUUUACUGCCUUAUUAUCCCGGCCACAGUCUUAGUUCCUGAGGUUGAGAUACCUAAGUGGGGUUGCGUCUAUAUUCCAACCAUUAUCACCCUUCUCACUGUUGUUGCAACUCCAAGGUCUAUUCACUUAAUUUUCUUUUGGACUCUAUUUGAAAAUGUCAUGUCAUUGCAUAGAACAAAGGCCACAUUCAUCGGUCUAUUGGAGGCAGGUAGGGCGAACGAAUGGGUGGUGACAGAAAAGCUUGGUGACAAUCUGAAGAUAAAAAUGCCAAGUAAAGCUUCCAAAAAUAUGCAGAUAAGGAAAGGAGCAAGGUUGCAUCUAUUGGAGCUUGGUGUUGCAGCCUACCUCUUCUUUUGCGGAUGCUAUGACGUUUCAUUUGGGAACAACUAUUGCUUCAUAUUUCUAUUUAUGCAAUCAAUUGCUUUCUUCAUCGUUGGUGUGGGCUAUGUUGGGACACUAGUUGCGAAAUGAUGUUAUCCGUCUUCUGUUCACUAUGUUCUUCGAUGCUUCCAAGUUUUGUGGUAUAUAAAGCAGAUGAAAUAUAAGAUCAAGGAUCCUUCCCUUGAGUGUAAAGCAGGACUUGUAUGUUCUCUAUGGGAUCUACACUGAAAGUCAAAGUGUUCACCACAACAAAAGUGACAAGUCCUUUCAUAAUAUGCAAGCAACUCAAUAGCAGCUUU